CGUCAACACCCUCGCCUCUCUGCCUUACAGACAUGGUCGACUGGAAUUCUGAGGCUGAACUUGUGCGAGAUGCUGCUGCAUUCAAGAACCUCUUGCAUGUUCUGCUUGGACUCUAUAUCUGGGAGGUCGGUUUGUCGUUGGACUUUGACCUUCAGUUUAUACUGCGGCGAAGGAAAUUCUUGUGGCCCAUGGCAUUCUAUUUCAUUGGCCGUUACUCGAUGUUGCUAGCCCUCAUUGGAGUCGUGAUUGGGUUGAACGUCACUUCAGAGAUCAACUGCCAGGGUCUCUUUAUCUUUAGCCAGUUAUUCGGGAACAUUGCCAUAGCCAUGUCUGCCAUCAACCUUUCUGUUCGCACGAUGGCCAUCUGGGGGAGAGCUCGUCAUAUCGUCAUUCCGCUCACCCUCGCUCUCAUAGGCUUCGCCGGCGUGCUCCUCCGUGGCAUCAUCGGCGUGCGAGACAUCUGGGUUCCUGCGUCUGGAUGUACGAUCGUCAGCUCACAGCAGACCAUCCUGCGCACGAUCUAUAUCUAUGGCAUGUCACUCGACAUGAUCGUGUUGUUGUUGACCCUGUAUCGGCUUGGCUUCGGGAAGGAGAGGUCGCCGCUUAUGAAGUUGUUAUUGGCGGAUGGGCUGGUUUAUUUCAUUAUCACGUUCACCUCGAAUAUGAUCGCUGUUAUUUUCAUGAUGCUCAAUCUCAAUGCUGUGAUGGCCGUGAUUGCUGAUGUACCUGCCGUCGUAAUAUGUACGAUCGCCUCCUGUCGCGCCGUUCGUCGCCUAAUGAAUCACGCCUGGGAAUCCAGACGAAGUAACGAUAUGUUCACGCCUGCCAAUAACACGAACACAAUGGUGUUCGAUCGAAGACGGUUUACACGUACGAACGUCACCACUGGCAAGGAACAGGAAGUCCACACCCAGAUGGACAACUACUCCCAUACCCAGACCACUUCUGCCGGCGCAAAGUCAGAGCCUGGAGCGAAUGACUCGUUCCGGGAUUUGGAGGCUCAGACUGAUUGUGACCCUUGAGAGGGUGCUACACAUUGGCAGUAUGCCGGAGCAGUGGGCCUGAGAUGGCUUGAAUUUGGGAGCUCGUAGGAUUUUCCUUGGACUUGUUUGCUUUCUGCCGAUGAGCCUCCCAUUCGGUAGAAUCCAAUGUAACAAGAUCUAGCCUCUGACUUAUAUAUUC